UAUAUUAUUUAAAAAGAUAGAAAUGGGCCUUUCCAGUGGAAGCCGAUUAGUAGAACAAUAAUUAACAAGAUAAGAGGAGAUGCUCGUGGCAACAGAGUGAGGUUCCCGCGAGAACUGCGUGCAAAGGAGCAUCUGCCACGUGGCGGGAGAGACACUCCACAUGUCAGAAAAAACCAGAACUAAAAAAAACAGAUUUGGUUAUUAUAAGUUUUUUUCUCUGGCUCUGCGGUGCUUGCCACCUUUCAGGUGCUCUGCGCCACUCACCUUAAAUCUUCUUCAAUCAACGCUAUUCUUUACUCACAAGGAAACUCAAACCAGAUAGCUCAAUGCUCAGAUUAAACGCUAAUUACCCUUUCUUUCCCAAGAAAUCCCACCGAGUUUGUAAUAGAAAGCUCGGGACUUACUAUGAUUCUUCGUCGACCUUUAAACACGGCGGAGUUGGCGAUGAUGCUGAUAAGAAGAAGCUGUUUCUAAGAGUUUCUGUGAAAGCAAUGAAGGAAGAAGGUAACGGAAGUGGAAGCAUGAGUUUCUCUGGACAAAGCUGGGAUCCUAGUUCGGAGAUACAAGUUCCUUCAGAACAGAGACCUGUGAAUGAGUAUUCGUACUUGAAGGAAGGGAUGUUGUAUUCAUGGGGAGAAUUGGCUCCAAGCCAGUUUUUUCUUCGUCUUGGUGGUCUUUGGCUUGUGACUUUCACUGUUCUUGGUGUUCCCAUCGCAGCUGCUAGCUUUAAUCCUUCCAGAGAACCUUUGAGGUUUGUUGUAGCUGCAGGUACAGGAACCUUGUUCCUGGUUUCAUUGAUUGUCUUGAGAAUUUACCUGGGAUGGAGCUAUGUUGGAGAUAGAUUACUUUCUGCGGUUAUUCCAUACGAAGAGAGCGGAUGGUAUGAUGGCCAAAUGUGGGUGAAGCCACCUGAGGUAUUGGCUCGGGACAGGUUGUUAGGUUCUUACAAGGUGAAGCCAGUAAUCAAGAUGCUCAAACAAACAUUGGUUGGUACAGGAGCUUUACUCGUUUCAGCAUUUGUGCUAUUCGUCUUUGCAACACCAGUCGAAGAUUUCUUUAAAACCACUUUAAGAGCAACCAAUGAGGUUUCUAUUUCAAGAACCAACAACAACAAAUUCAAUAUGAGGAAAGAACAAUUGCUUCGGUUGCCAAUAGAUCUUGUGACCAAUGAUGACUUGGCAGCCGCGGCGGCUGAGGCUGCUGAUGGAAGACCGGUCUAUUGCAGAGACCGCUACUACCGUGCAUUGGCCGGUGGUCAGUACUGCAAAUGGGAGGAUCUUGUUAAAUAGUUUUCAAAAUAUAGAAUAAGAACACUUAUGAGGAGUGUUUCGAAAAGAAAAAAAAAGAACACUUAUCAGUUUCUCAGUAUUGAUUAAAAUGGCUUACUUGUUAAGUUCGUUCGAUGGGCUUCCAACCUAAAAUCAAUUGGUAAUUAGUGGAGUGGUCCAUCUAUCUUAUAUAUUGCUUAGGAUUCCUUACAACUACCGACGUGGGACACUUUGUGUCUAAUACGCCCCUUCGAGAUGAUGGUUUUUUAAGCGUCAAUCUCGGAAUGCUCGGGCAAAGAUCGGUGGGCCAACUUUGGACCAGAUCAAUAGAUCAGGUUGGACUGCGUAGAUCGGGCUCUGAUACCAUGUUUGUUAAUAUGAGAAGCCAAUGUCCAUCUUCUUAUGCAAGGGAAGUACCUAAAACUAUACUUAUUCUUGUUUGAAUAGGUUUGCCCCUUGAGAAUUGAUGCAUGUGUGUGUGCAUUGUUUGAAUAAGGUACUUGGAGCUCAUGAUAAGAAUCUGGUCGUGGAUCAAACCCUUUGUUGAUGGCAGGAUGUCAGAAGAAAGGGGAGACAAAGAACCAGCCACAUUGAGACUUCCAAGCAGUUUUGAGUGUAAAGUAAGGAAGACAUUGGUGCAUGCUUGCCAUUGAAGUAAGGCUAUGAUCCAGGGUUUAUGAGUCCCUAAACUUGAUCAUAAGACUCAUAAACCCACUAGCCAAUCCCUAAGCUGAGGGUGGUUGCACUCUUUUUCCCUAAGUGAUGGUUUUAUCCCAUGAGGUUUUCCACACUUAGGUUUUUUUAAUGAGGCAAGUACUCUCAGUUCCAAGCUUGCCCAAGGAUCUCCUAUGGUCAAGCUUGAGGGGGAGUGUUGAAAUGAAGAAGAAAAUAGAACCAGAGUAAAGAAGUUAGUUCAAGAUCAACUGAGAGUUCAUCAAGAGAAACCAAUGAUCCAUUGUUGAAGUUGAAUCAUAGACAGUCAAAUCGUGGACAACAAAUCGUGGACACUUGACCAUGGACAAUAAAUAGUGGACAGCUGAACAGCGGACAGCUGAAUCCAAAGUUCCCAAAUAUGUUUAAGCUUCAAGUAAACUAAGUUUGGAUGCAAAGGUUUAUUUCUGGUCAGAAUUGGACCACUACAAGAAAAAUGAGUUUUAAUAGCAGACCGAAAUAGCGUUUUUUUACGA